AUGGGGUUGAGUCGUUUUGCGAUCACAACUGCAACAAAGCAGAUACUGAAGCUAAACUCCCUGGCAAGCAGAAACCGAACAUCAUCAGCACUGGAUCAUGUCCCUAAAGGGCAUGUGGCAGUGUACGUAGGAGAACAGAUUGAGAAGGAGAAGAAGAAAUUCGUGGUUCCAAUUUCGUUUCUGAAUGAUCCUUCCUUCAGAGAGUUCCUUAGCCGAGCAGAGGAAGAGUUUGGAUUCAAUCAUCCAAUGGGAGGCUUGACCAUUCCUUGUAGAGAAGAAGUGUUUCUUGAUCUCAUCGCUUCUCGGUUACAAUAA